CACCAUCGAUAAAAAAAAAAAAAAAAAAAAAAAAAUUUAGCGAAAGCUUCAGAGAUCGAGAGUUCAAUGCUGACUUCUUUUUAUAUAUCGUUUCCAUUUACUAUUUGGCGCUUCCUUCAGCCGCCCCUCUCUGCGAGAACCCCCCAUUUGGGCUCACCACUUGGGCGAUUCUUUACAGUUUUCCACUGCUUCCGCCUUCGAUUCUUCCCCAACCCCCUCAAAACCCUUCUGUAAUUUAUGUUAUUUCUCACUUCUUUUCGUCUUCUCUAACCCAAUUUUCCAUUGGACUCCCAAUUCCCUCCUCCAAUGGCUUCCCAGCAGCACUUAUCCACCAUUAAGGGCGCCAAAGUGCUCAUGGUUGGCGCGGGAGGAAUCGGAUGCGAGCUUUUGAAGACUCUUGCUCUCUCGGGGUUUCAGGACAUUCAUAUUAUUGACAUGGACACCAUAGAAGUCAGCAACUUAAAUCGACAAUUUUUAUUCCGAAAAUCUCACGUAGGGCAAUCAAAGGCUAAGGUCGCUCGAGAUGCUGUCUUAAGAUUUAGACCUCAUGUUAGCAUAACCUCGUAUCAUGCAAAUGUCAAGAAUCAAGAGUUUAAUGUAGAUUUCUUUAAGCAAUUUAGUGUUGUUUUGAAUGGACUUGACAACUUAGAUGCGAGGCGACAUGUGAAUCGUCUAUGCUUGGCAGCUGAUAUUCCCUUAGUCGAAAGUGGGACCACUGGAUUCCUCGGACAGGUCACAGUUCAUGUCAAGGGCAAAACAGAGUGUUACGAGUGCCAGCCGAAACCGGCCCCAAAAACAUAUCCUGUCUGUACGAUUACUAGUACUCCGUCAAAGUUCGUUCACUGUAUCGUUUGGGCAAAGGAUCUACUUUUUGCAAAGUUAUUUGGAGAUAAGAAUCAAGAAAACGAUCUAAACGUGCGUUCAAGUGAUCCAGCAAGUUCGUCUGACCAUGCUGAAGAUGUUUUUGAACUUAGAAAAGAUGAAACUAUUGAGCAGUAUGGAAGAAGAGUGUUUGAUCAUGUAUUUGGGUACAAUAUUGAAGUAGCUUUAUCGAACGAAGAUACUUGGAAAAAUCGCAAUAAACCGAGGCCUAUUUAUAUUAGGGAUAUCCUGCCUGAGGAACCAACUAAUCAGAAUGGAAACAUGGACAAAAUCUGUGCCACUGAUGAACAAUCCUUAAUUUCUGCUAUGACAUCUAUUGGGAUGAAAAAUCCUCAGGAGACAUGGAGUCUUAUGGAAAAUUCGAGAAUCUUCAUUGAAGCUAUCGUACUUUUCUUCACGAAAAGGAAAAAGGAUGUUGGGAACUUGAGUUUUGAUAAAGAUGAUCAGUUAGCUGUGGAGUUCGUCACGGCGGCUGCGAACAUUAGAGCUGCAUCUUUUGGUAUUCCUAUGCAUAGCCUUUUCGAGUCUAAAGGUAUUGCUGGUAAUAUUGUGCAUGCUGUUGCAACGACGAAUGCCAUUAUUGCUGGAUUGAUUGUUAUCGAGGCGAUUAAGGUGCUACAAAAUGAUUUAAACAAAUACAGGAUGACGUAUUGCCUCGAACACCCUUCGAGGAAGAUGCUGCUCAUGCCAGUGGAACCUUUUGAACCUAAUAAAUCCUGCUAUGUUUGUUCUGAGACACCGUUAUCGCUCGAGAUAAAUACACGUCAUGCAAAGCUGCGGGACUUUGUUGAGAAGAUAGUUAAGGCCAAGCUUGGGAUGAACUUUCCACUUAUUAUGCAUGGAGCUUCCCUUCUUUAUGAAGUUGGCGACGAUCUUGACGAGGACAUGGUGGCAAAUUACGCUGCAAACCUCGAGAAGGUACUGUCUGAGCUUCCUUCACCUGUCGUUAGCGGGACGAUAUUAUCCGUUGAGGAUCUCCAGCAAGAGCUUAGCUGCAGUAUCAACAUCAAACAUAGAGACGAAUUUGACGAGGAGAAGGAACCAGACGGUAUGGUUCUAUCUGGAUGGCAGCAAACAACACUGGAAAAGGGUGAUAGCAUCCAGACAUCGUUCAGCAAUGGAGAAAGCACCUCGAAGGCGUUGCCCUCGACAACAGAUGCUAAUAAGAACGAUGACGCAGACAUCGUUGCUUCUGGAACGAAAAGAAAACUGGACGAGGCGUCUUCAGGUGUCGAUGCAUCAAGUUCAGCUAAUGAAGCUAAUAGCUUGAAGAAACUUGAAGUGCUCGACGACGACGACGACCUUGUCGUGCUCGAUGAUGAUGGGGAUUUGGUAACCAACAAGAAGAAAAGAUUGCAGUAACAGGAUCUUGGAUUUAACCGAGGAAUGCUAACAUAAUUUUGUUCUGUUAGGAAGAAAUGGUGAGAUUCAUAGAUCUUUGUGUAAUCUUUUUGGAGUUAGAUGAGCCUUCAAUUGUGAGUUCAGAUGUGUACCAAACUGAUAGAAUGUUAUAUUUCCAAGCAUCAAAUUUAGAAGCUCAAGUGAUUGUAACACUAAACACAAGCCUCAAACUUGAUAGUAAAUCAAUUAAAUAUAACUCAACGAUUUCUUUGA